AAACUGAAGUCUGACCUGAAGGAGAAGUUCCAGUGUGUGUUUGAGGGGAUCGCUAAAGCAGGAAACCCAACCCUUCUGAACCAGAUCUACACAGAGCUCUACAUCACAGAGGGAGGGACUGGAGAGGUCAAUGAUGAACAUGAGGUCAGACAGAUUGAAGCAGCAUCCAGGACGCCACACAGACCAGAGACCACCAUCAGACAAGAAGACCUCUUUAAAGGCCCACCUGGAAGAGAUCAACCAAUCAGAGCAGUGCUGACAAAGGGAGUGGCUGGCAUCGGGAAAACAGUCUUAACACAGAAGUUCACUCUGGACUGGGCUGAAGACAAAGACCACCAGGACAUCCAGUUCACAUUCCCCUUCACUUUCAGAGAGCUGAAUGUGCUGAGAGAGAGAAAGUUCAGCUUGGUGGAACUUGUUCAUCACUUCUUUACUCAGACCAGAGAAGCAGGACUCUGCAGGUUUGAAGAGUUCCAGGUUGUGUUCAUCUUUGACGGUCUGGAUGAGUGUCGACUUCCUCUGGACUUCACCAACAAUCAGAUCCUGACUGAUGCUACAGAGUCCACCUCAGUGGAUGUGCUGCUGACAAACCUCAUCAGGGGGAACCUGCUCCCCUCUGCUCGCCUCUGGAUAACCACACGACCUGCAGCAGCCAAUCAGAUCCCUCCUGAGUGUGUUGACAUGGUGACAGAGGUCAGAGGGUUCACUGACCCUCAGAAGGAGGAGUUCUUCAGGAAGAGAUCCAGAGACCAGGAGCAGGCCAGCAGUUUCAUCUCCCACAUCAAGACAUCCCGAAGCCUCCACAUCAUGUGCCACAUCCCGGUCUUCUGCUGGAUCACUGCUACAGUUCUGGAGGAUGUGCUGAAGACCAGAGAGGGAGGAGGGCUGCCCAGGACCCUGACUCAGAUGUACAUCCACUUCCUGGUGGUCCAGUCCAAACUGAAGAGCAUCAAGUAUGAUGGAGGAUCUGAGACUGAUCCACUCUGGAGCCCAGAGAGCAGGGAGAUGAUCCAGUCUCUGGGAAAACUGGCUUUUGAUCAGCUGCAGAAAGGAAACCUGAUCUUCUAUGAGUCCGACCUGACAGAGUGUGGCAUCAAGAUCAAGGAAGCCUCAGUGUACUCAGGAGUGUUCACACAGAUCUUCAGAGAGGAGAGAGGACUGUACCAGGACCAGGUGUUCUGCUUCAUCCACCUGAGUGUUCAGGAGUUUCUGGCUGCUCUUCAUGUCCAUCUGAUCUUCACCAACUCUGGACUCAACCUGAUGGAAGAAGAACCAACGUUCCGGAUCUCUAGAAUCUGUGGAGGCAAACCUGAACUGAACCGUCUCCAUCAGAGUGCUGUGGACCAGGCCUCACAGAGUCCAAACGGACACCUGGACUUGUUCCUGCGCUUCCUCCUGGGUCUUUCACUGCUGACCAAUCAGACUCUCCUGGGAGGUCUGCUGACACAGACAGGAAGUAGCUCACAGACCAAUCAGAAAACAGUCCAGUACAUCAAGAAGAAGAUCAGUGAGGAUCUGUCUGCAGAGAGAAGCAUCAACCUGUUCCACUGUCUGAAUGAACUGAAUGACCGGUCUCUGGUGGACCAGAUCCAACAGUCCCUGAGAUCAGGAUGUCUCUCCACAAAGAAACUGUCUCCUGCUCAGUGGUCAGCUCUGGUCUUCAUCUUACUGUCCUCAGAGAAAGAUCUGGACGUGUUUGACCUGAAGACAUACUCUGCUUCAGAGGAGGCUCUUCUGAGGCUGCUGCCAGUGAUCAAAGCCUCCAACAAAGCUCAGCUGAGUGGAUGUAACCUGUCAGAGAGGAGCUGUGCUUCUCUGGCCUCAGUCCUCAGCUCACAGUCCUCCAGUCUGAGAGAGCUGGACCUGAGUAACAACAACCUGCAGGAUUCAGGACUGGAGCUAUUGUCUACCGGACUGAAGAGUCCACAUUGUAACCUGGAAACUCUUAGGUUUACUGGAUGUCACCUGUCAGAGAAGAGCUGUGCUUCUCUGGCCUCAGUCAUCAGCUCACAGUCGUCCAGUCUGAUGGAGCUGGACCUGAGUAACAACGACCUGCAGGAUUUAGGACUGGAGCUUCUGUCUGCUGGACUGCAGAGUCCACAUUGUAAACUGGAAACUCUCAGACUGUCAGGAUGUCUGAUCACAGAGAGGGGCUGUGCUUCUCUGGCCUCAGCUCUGAGGUCCAACCCCUCCCACCUGAGAGAGCUGGACCUGAGCUACAAUCAUCCAGGAGACUCAGGAGUCCAGCUGCUGUCUGCUGGACUGGAGGAUCCACACUGCAGACUGGUUACACUGAGGGUGGACCAUGGUGGAGAGCAGAGGUUAAAACCUGGACUGAAGAAGUAUGUCUGUAAACUCACUCUGGAUUCAAACACAGCACACAGACAGCUCAGACUGUCUGAAGACAAGAAGGAGGUGACACGUGUGGGAGAGGAUCAGUCAUAUCCUGAUCAUCCAGACAGAUUUGACUACUAUCCUCAGCUGCUGUGUAGAGAUGGUCUGACUGGUCUCUGUUACUGGGAGGUUGAAUGUAGAGGAGGGGUUAAUAUAUCAGUGAGUUACAGAGGAAUCAGAAGGAAAGGAGACAGUUAUGACUGUCUGUUUGGAUUUAAUGAUCCGUCCUGGAGUCUGUUCUGCUCUGAUGAACGUUACUAUGUCCGUCACAAUAACAAAAUAAAAGCCCUCCCUCUCUCCCGGUCCUCUGACUCUCACAGAGUAGCAGUGUAUGUGGACUGUCCUGCUGGCACUCUGUCCUUCUACAGAGUCUCCUCUGACUCUCUGAUCCACCUCCACACCUUCAGAACCUCCUUCACUGGACCUCUGUAUCCUGGGUUUAGGUUGAGCUCUUACUGUUCAUCAGUGUGUGUGUGAUCCAGGCAUGGACAGGCCAUCUGGCGU